AUGGCCGAGUCCAGCCCGCUGCGGGGGUUCCCUCGUCUCCGCCGGGCCGCGACCUCAUUUCCAGGCAACCUGCAUUUGGUCUUGGUGCUCCACCCCAGCGGCUUGUUAAGCUCCGCCCCCAGUCCGUCCUCAAGCACUGACCUGGGCUUUCGCUUCAGCCAGGAUGACUUCCUGUUAAAGAUGCCGGUGGUGAUGCUACGUUCAGUCGGGGAACUUCUGCGCUACAUCGAUGAAAACCACCUGACCUCAGACUUUACUGCAAAAGUGGAAUAUUGUCAAAGUGACUGGAUCGUCCUUCGCACGUCCAUUGAGACCUUUGCGGUGACAGUGAAGGAGAUUGCUCAGCUGCUGCAGGGCUUCGGAUCGGAGCUGUCUGAGACCGAACUUCCGGAUGAAGCGAACGCCAUCGAGUUCCUGCUGCACUCACACACUCACCGAUACAGACAGAUGAAGGAUGAUAUCCGCAAUGUGCUGAAAGAGGGACGCCUGCUGCUGUCCAACCUGGAAACUCUCAAGUCCUCCCAGAGAGACGCAGAGGAGGAGAGGGAAAUACAGGGAGAUAUGAAGACUGUUCAGAGGCUCCUGGCUCAGCUCAGAGACAUGGAGGAGGCGUUUGAUGGCUUCUUUGAGAAACAUCACCUGAAGCUGCAGCAGUACCUCCAGCUGCUGCAGUAUGAAAUCAGUUUCCAGCAGAUGGAGGAGGUGCUGGAGCGACUCUCUGCCCAGGAGAAGGGGAUCCCGUCUGCGGGAACCACAUUGGUUCAAACAGAACAACUACUGAAAGACCUGGAGACGCUGGACAAGCAUACUCAGGAAGAGAUGGCUCGUGCCCACGUGGUGAUCCUGCACGGUCACCAGUUGGCUGCCAGUAGCCACUACGCCCUGGCGCUCAUCGUCCAGCACUGCAACGAGCUGCGACAUCACUGUGAUGUCAUCACCAGCGCCAUGCGCACCAAGCGGGCCUCGCUCACCCGAGCGAGAGACCUGCUGCACCGGCUUGAGGACGCGCUGCGUUGGUGUGAUGAAGGAGCCUAUCUGCUGGCGAGUCAGAUGGUGGACAAGUUCCAAACUAAAGAGGGAGCCCAGGACGCACUGCAGUACCUGAGGUUUCACCAGGAGAGGGCGCCAUCCGUUCUGACUAACAGCCAGGACACCCUGAGCCUGGAGUUUGAAGCCAUACUGACUCCACAGCUGCAGUCCCAGAUCUCCAUGGUAACGGAGAAGCUGACCUCGAUGCAGUCGAUGAUCAGAAACAGAGAGCAGUGUCUGAGGAGGCUGGCGGAAGUGCAGGUCAGACCCAUCCAGCUGGUGGCCCCGAGGCCGGAGCCCGACCAGCCCUCGCAGCGCUGCAAGUCACCGCUUUUCUCCCCCAAACAUGGCGUCGACUUAAACGUCCUGAACUCCAAGUUUUCCUUUGACCUUCUCCCUGGAAAGAGAGCUGCGAGGAGGAACAACAACCAGCGCAAGAUCGAGGUGAUGCACGAUUACCAAGGCAACCGGAGCUGUUUGUAUGGCUCGAACCCCGAGACGGAUUCAGAAGUGGAGGACAAUCCAGAGCAGGUGACGCGCCACAUUAUGAAGGAGCUGAUCGCUACAGAGAGGAUCUAUGUGGACGAGCUGCUCUCUGUACUUCUGGGCUACAGGGCAGAAAUGGAGGACCCGUGUGUGUCUUAUCUUCUUCCCUUUGCUCUGUGCAGCCAGAAGGACGUUCUGUUUGGCAACAUGCCAGAGAUUUACCAGUUCCACAGCAGGAUUUUCCUUCAAGAUCUUCAGUGUUGCCUGGAGACACCAGAGCGAGUGGGGGCUUGCUUCCUGCAGCGGAAAGUGAAGUUCCAGGUGUACGAGCGUUACUGCCAAAACAAGUCUCGCUCUGAGUCGCUAUGGAGACAGUGUUCCGAUUCCCCAUUUUUUCAGGAAUGCCAGAAGAAGCUGGACCACAAGCUGGGUUUGGACUCUUAUCUCCUGAAACCAGUCCAGCGUCUCACCAAGUACCAGCUGCUCCUCAAGGAGCUGCUGAAGCACUGUACGGAGGAGAGAUACCGCUGUGAGCUGCAGGAGGCCCUGGACUCCAUGCUGGAGCUGCUCAAGUCUGUCAACGACUCCAUGCAUCAGAUUGCCAUCACUGGAUAUCAGGGUGACCUCAGCCAGCUGGGCCGGGUGCUGAUGCAGGGAGGCUUCAGCGUGUGGAUCAGCCACAAGAGGGCGGCAGUGAGGAUGAAGGAGCUGGCCCGGUUCAAACCCAUGCAGAGACACCUCUUCCUCUACGACCACGCCCUGCUCUUCUGCAAGCGCAGAGACGAGGACAACCACGACCGGACGCCUUUCUACAGCUUCAAAUCCUGCCUCAGAAUGAGUGCAGUGGGAAUCACAGAAAAUGUCAAAGGAGAUGUGAAGAAAUUUGAGAUCUGGUACAGUGGAAGAGAAGUAGUUUAUAUCGUUCAGGCUCCAACAUUGGAGGUCAAAGUUGCCUGGCUGACAGAGAUUCGAAAGAUUCUCACCAACCAGCUGAAAAUGUGUCAAGAUGAGCCUCGUUCUCUACCACUUACAGACAACACAGUUUCUGACAGUGCAUCAGACAAGUGUGUGUCGUGGGGCGGAGCGUCGGUGGGAGGCUGCUCAGCGUGUCUCCCUGUUCCUCACAGCUCCUCGGCAACAAGCCACUCCUACAGGCCCCAGGGGGAGGAGUCAGUACACAGUAGUCCUGCCCACUCAGAACCUGUGGUUAACUCGCCCCGACGCAGUUGGCCAGCUCCGGCCCACUCUGUGGCGAUCUGCGAAGGCCUGGAGGACUGGGGCGCCACUGACCUCUCCAACCUCUCAGACUCAGAGGAGGAGGAUCAGCCUGCUCCGCUGGUGGCAGGCAGGUAUAGGGUCAUGGUCGAGAGCAGCAUGGCCAGCACUGAUGACAUCAUCUUUAACUGCGGUGACGUCAUCCAGCUGCUCCGUGAGGACUCGUCAGGAAUGUGGGUGGUGAGGAAUAUAAGUCGUGGUGAGGAAGGCCGUGUUCUCCCUGAAGACCUGCACAGGAUUCUAGGAGAGUCCUGCUGA